CAGAUUUGUGGUGGGAUGAAAUUCCAGGAACUCCACCACCAAACAUUUGGUAGGAACUAAAGCUAAUUUUGUGAGGUGGAGCCUUCAAACAUCAGAAAGUUUACUAAACAUGAACCAAUGGCGCACAGCCAGUGUUGGCAGGCAAACUUAAAAUUCAAAAGAUUCGGAAAUUUGUUCAAUGAAUUGCAAUAUGGCGGAGCAUCAUGUGCACAACUGGCGGAGAAAAUUUUGUGACCAAAAGCGCUGGAAAGAAAGUGUGGUCGGCAAAAAUAGCCUUAAUACCAGGCAAUUUGUAAGCAACGUAUUUGUUUGUUAUGUUGCAUUCGAGUAAAUUCACCAGGUCACUUAAUGAGAUGAAACGUGCCGGCAACAAGCCGGUUCCGAUAUAAAUUUAUUUUCUGAAAGAACCUUAUCAUGUUAUAACCAGACACUGUUUGCUAUCACAUCUGAGCUCUGAGCUCACAGUUGGAAAUUUUUCUUCAAGUUCUCGUUUGUUUUUUUUUGGUUUACGAAGUUACGAACUGUUUUAAGGUCAGGAUAAAUACGAAUCGAAUCGAGAAUGGGUAACAAAGUGGUCAAUUUUGCAUUUUUGUGUGUUGUGUGACGUGUAUUGAAUAAUUCAUUGACAGGCAAUAUAAUGUACCCCCAUACUCUUUGACUGUCUGUUGUCUAGCAACCAGAAUAUUAUGAAAGGCUUUUUAUUUUACCCUUUAAGUGCCAUUUCUCUCUAAUGCACCCUACUUUGUUAAAGAAAAGAAGAGGAAAAAAAGACGACAUUUAAUCGUCAAGGGGCUCUCCCUGCUAGCACUCAAUGGGACAAAGAAGACCUUUCAUUGUGGAGAAUGGCAUGAGGGUUUUAAUCUUGUUCGUGUAUAAAGAACGAUCCUUGCGCAAUAAUUAAUUGUUCUUUCAUUAAUUAGUUGUUCUUAAAGUUAUUGUAACAGUUAAUAUUUUUUGACUAUCAUUUUAAUUCAAUUAUCAACCAAACAUUAAUUUCAGUUAUAUACGUUUUUACAGUGGAAUGACAACCCUAUCGGACACAUGAGUAAGUAUUUCUUUCCAUGCAUUUUAUAUAUGUAAGCCAAUUCAGAGCCUCGAGUGCGCAUCCGAUUUAGAAGAUGCAUGUAAAAACAACAGCAACACAAAUAAUUCUCAACCGUGGUCCUGUACAAGUACACAUGCAAUAAUCUCGAACAAGACAUUUUAGAAAUUUCGUAUUAAAGAGUUAUUGACCGAGCGUGAGGUCUGUACUGUGAAAUAUCAGACGGAGGUUUUUUAGUAUGGUCCGAGCGACGAAGGAGCGAGGUCUAUGCAAAAAACAGAGGUCUGAUAUUUCACGGUACAGACCGAACAAGCGAGGUCAAUAAUCGGUUUAUUAUAUGGCUGAACUGAGUCUGUGAGCAUAUGCUUUUCUCGCGAAUUAAAUCGGCUUAUGUCAGUUUCACUGGGUAACAAUAUACUGUAGGCAUGCAUGCUCAAUCAAAAACAAUUUGGUUGUUUGAAAUUUUUAUCUGUAAAGCACAAUUGGAAAUUUAAAGAGCAAUAAUUUUUUCUGUUUGCAAAGCAAACAUUUCCCGCCAGAUAAACGACAUCCGGGACACCGGUCCAGAUACGGAAAAUACGGACCAUGCGGUCCGGAUAUGGGUUUUUACGGACCGCUUGUCAACCAAUAAGAAUAGAGAAUUUUGAAAAGCCAUAUAAUAAAAUCGUAUAUGUUCAGUACUAUGAUGUUAUUAAAUUUAUCCUGACACAAAACUCGUCAUUUGGAGUAAUGUAACGUAAACAUUACAUAUAUAAUAACAUUAUAUACCAUUCAUAAUAUACCAGCAGACUGUUGUAGUGCGAGAAACUGUACUACUUUUUUCUAUUCUUUCAUUUAAGAUUUCUCGUCCUCAUUAGACACCGAUGACUUCCUGGAUGGGUUCCCGGGCGGAGGGUUCCCAGGAAUGCAUAAUUUAGAUCCUGUGCCAGCACCUUUGAAUUCCAAUGAAAUCAGUGAUAUGAUUGGAAUGGAUCCACAAGGUAAUAAUAAUCUGUUUAUUGAUAAGCCGCUUUGUAGUGUGAACUGAAUUACAUGGUUUUUUGUAAUCAAACCAAAGGGCCUAGAUUUCAGAGCCAUCAUCAAUUCGGCGAAAAAUAUAAGGGAAAAUAUUUCGAAAAGAAUCGGAAAAAAAAAUCCGAAAAUCCCUUAAAUUUUGGAAAGAAAAAAAAAACAGAAUCCCGAGAAAAAUUGCCGGGAUUUUCUAAUCUCAAAAAUCUUCGUACGCUUUUUUCAGAGUAAUUUGCUCCUCGAAAAUGUGCUUAUCUUAAAAUUAUACAACCAAAGAUUGUCUGUCCCUUGAAGGAGUAUAAUUUUUUUUUCUAAAGCUAUGCAAGUUGGCGUUAAAAUAUUCUACCAUGAGAAACAAGUUUUGGAAACUGUGGUUGGAAACCACUUCGGUUGCCGUAUGUAUUCAGGCGUCGACGUCACGCGGGCGCCCGGCUACAAUGACAGUUUCGCGCCUGUAUAUGGCCCAGCAGAAGUGGAGCAAAUACGAUUCCCGGAAGAAGGAAGCCCGACAACAAUUAUGGAUAAAUUGAAUCGCGGUUUGCUACUUCAGUGGCAACAGAACAGUAUCCAGGUCACCAGAUUUUGUCAGGCUCAUGUUUUUGCUAGCGGCGGGUGUCUGGGGUCAAAUCUAGUGCAACUCGUUCGUGGGCAACCGACGAAAGUUUUUGACUUCAAUUUUUUCUUGUCUGGUUUGGCGGAGUAUAAACUGGCCAAAGCACCCGUGCCACUGUACGAGGUGUUUUUCUCCUUUGGACAACAGCCUGCAACGGCGACCACGGUUGAUCCAGGCGUUUUGAUCACAGUCUCGGUGACGCAUAUGAAUGCUAAGGCAUCUAUCAGCAAAAUGGGAAGCGCCUCUGAUGUCAUUAUGUCCAUUGAAGACGAGUGCGAUGUUUUGGCAAAGCAUUUGCAACACGUUGUAAGAAUUCAACAGCCGGGUAAUUAAAUUAAACCACCAUGCACCGGCAAAGCCAAAGCAUUCAACAAUUGGUUGGAAAAAUAGAGCAGUCUCAUACAAAUUUUCGAAUCGUCGCAAAGAUUUAACAAUAGCUCGGGAUUAUACCAUAACCAAAUAUAUACAUUUUAUAUCAUGACGUGCUUUUUACGAGAAAUGGUGAAGGAUAAGGAAUUUCGAGAAGAAACUUAUUUGACAAAACGUGAGAUUGCAAAUCUCCACGGAUUUUUUGGAACGCAAAGUGUUGAACAAUUAAUGUUUAAACUUUUUUAAAAGGAUCGCAACGAAUUUCGCUGUCAAAAUGUCAGAAUUAGCAUAGUCUACAGAACAGAACCGGUGUAAAUAUUGCCGCGCAAGGGCCGUAGGUCGAUCGAGUUUAGGACUGCUUUCCAGUAAAAACGUUUUUCAGAGGUAAAGUUUAGUAAUAUAUGCUUUUGGCUCGAAUACAAAAAUGUAAGUAAUUUUGUGUUCUGCUAUUGCCAAUAUCGGCUACCAGAACUCUAAAACUGUCUGUACCAGUGUAGGUAGUACCAAUGUGAAAAUGCUGUGCUGAGUGGUUAUAUUACUACCUUAAAAAAUAAGCAGAAACUCGACGUUUCGAGCGAAGGCCCUUCGUCAAGAGUUAGUGACGAAGGGCUUUCGCUCGAAACGUCGAGUUUCUGCUUAUUUUUUAAGGUAGUAAUAUAACCACUCAGCACAGCAUUUUUACCAGAACUCUCUGUACGAUGAUUCGACGGAGGUAUUGUCAAGGUAACAAAAAUCCUAGUUCAGUAAUAUUGUCUGCGAUUUUUUUUUUAAUCUGGUGGAUGUGACUAAGGACUGUGUGAGAAGCAAAAGUCUUGGAAAUGCACACUCCCGAAAACGAUUUCAUAUUUUGGCUGCGAGUUUACUCAUUCGCAUGCCAUCUGUGAGGAAGAGAAAGUCGCCGACGAGAUGGUCCAAACCAUGUAAUUUAUUAAAUAUCUUUGAAGCAAGGCAUGACACUUAAAGGGAUGGGCAACAAAAUUUAAAUAUGUUAAACUGAAAGAACGCCUUAAGCAAGGGUUCGUACAAAUCUUGAAUGUCCUUGAAUUUGUAAAGUACUUGAAAGUCCUUAAAUUUUUCUUGCUUUUAGUUUAUGGAUAUUUUCUGAAAUUGUUCGACUUAAAAAACGGACAUUUUGUUGAAUUCAUUUUGCAUGCUCAUAUCUGACAAAGCUGUUUGAAACUCAUUAAAGUUGCGUUUUGAAAUUACGUCAGAUUUUACUGAUUUGUAACCCAUUCUCUUCAGUAUUUAGUUGAUGAAUUUGCUGAUACAUGGCCUUGAAUGUCCUUGAAAAGUCCUUGAAUUUGACUCUUCCUGACAUGUACGAACCGUGUUAAACUGUACAAUAAGUAUCUUCCAAAAAUCAGUUUUAUAUCUUUCUUUGGUAAGAAGAUAUUUCAGUUUAUUUGAAUGUAAAGAAGAUGACGUCACAAGCUGGGUAAACUUUUUGACAGUCCACAGGACUCUAAAAACUAUUUUUUCAAAUUGGUCAAUGGAAUCAUCGAUACAUACUUAAAUUAUUUCAUCUAUUUUGAACAGGGAGCUUUAUUUAUGACUUUGGCGUGACUGCCAUCUUUGAAAAGAUUUUACGAGCUGAAACGUCAUAGAUUUGUUCGUUUGCAUAUUAAACGACCUAAAAUAUCUCUAGAACGAAAAAAAUCUAAAGAAAAGUUGAGAAAUGAGUUCUUUCUGUAUAAACAGACUUGAAUUUCGUUGCCUAUACCCAUGUCAUACAAAACAGGACAUGUAUACUUCGAAGAUUUUAUUUUAUUAUAAAGUGCUUGUAGAAAUAGUGCUUGACUCUAUCCGUAAUGUUAGUAAAGUAAACAGUGGGAAAAUGUGGGCUGAUAUACUGCCACAUUCUUAUAAAAUCUAAUAAAAAAAAUAUCAUUGUUUUCAGUCG